CACAAGACCAUGCAGAGACCCCCGCUCUGCCGGGCAGACCACACCCGCCACGCGACCGAAGAGGGGGGAGAGGUGCUGUCCCUGGGGGCGGACGUCCUUCCGGAGUACAAGCUCCAGGCGCCGCGCAUCCACAAGUGGACGGUGCUCCACUACAGCCCCUUCAAGGCGGUGUGGGACUGGCUCAUCCUGCUGCUGGUCAUCUACACCGCCAUCCUCACGCCCUACUCCGCCGCCUUCCUGCUCAACGACACGGAGGAGGCGGCGUUGCAGAGCUGUGGCUACUCCUGUUCUCCUCUCAACGUGGUGGACCUCAUCGUGGACAUCAUGUUCAUCAUCGACAUCCUCAUCAACUUCAGGACCACGUACGUGAACGCUAACGACGAGGUGGUGAGCCACCCACUGCGCAUCGCCGUGCACUACUUCAAGGGCUGGUUCCUCAUCGACAUGGUGGCCGCCAUCCCCUUCGACCUGCUCAUCUACCGCAACGGAGAGGAGGUGAGGGAGGAGACCACCACUCUGAUUGGCCUGCUGAAGACGGCCCGCCUGCUGCGAUUGGUCCGUGUGGCUCGCAAGCUGGACCGCUACUCGGAGUACGGCGCUGCCGUCCUCUUCCUCCUCAUGUGCACCUUCGCCCUCAUCGCCCACUGGCUGGCCUGCAUCUGGUACGCCAUCGGUAACGUGGAGCGCAACGGAUCCAUCGGGUGGCUACACUCUCUGGGUGAUCAGCUGGGGAAACACUACAACGACUCUAUACCAGGCUCUGGUCCGUCCAUCAAGGAUAAGUACGUGACAGCGCUCUACUUCACCUUCAGCUCUCUGACCAGCGUGGGCUUCGGGAACGUGUCGCCAAACACCAACUCUGAGAAGAUCUUCUCCAUCUGCGUCAUGCUCAUCGGAUCCCUGAUGUACGCCAGCAUCUUCGGCAACGUGUCGGCCAUCAUCCAGCGGCUGUACUCGGGCACGGCGCGCUACCACACCCAGAUGCUGCGCGUCCGGGAGUUCAUCCGCUUCCACCAGAUCCCCAACCCUCUGAGGCAGCGGCUGGAGGAGUACUUCCAGCACGCCUGGUCCUACACCAACGGCAUCGACAUGAACGCCGUGCUGAAGGGUUUCCCCGAGUGCCUGCAGGCGGACAUCUGUCUGCACCUGAACCGCACGCUGCUGCAGAACUGCAAGGCCUUCCAGGGCUCCACCAAGGGCUGCCUGCGCGCGCUCGCCAUGAAGUUCAAGACCACGCACGCACCGCCCGGCGACACCCUGGUGCACGCCGGCGACGUGCUCAACGCCCUCUACUUCAUCUCCCGGGGGUCCAUCGAGAUCCUUCGGGGGGACGUGGUGGUGGCCAUCCUGGGGAAGAACGACAUCUUCGGCGAGCCCAUCAACCUGUACGCGCGGCCCGGCAAGUCCAACGCGGACGUGCGCGCCCUGACCUACUGCGACCUCCACAAGAUCCUGCGAGAGGACGUUCAGGAGGUGCUGGACAUGUACCCCGAGUUCUCCGAGCACUUCUGGGGGAACCUGGAGAUCACCUUCAACCUGCGAGACACCAACAUGAUCCCCGGCUCGCCCACCAGCGACGACUCGGACGGCGGUGGUUUCAACAAACUCCGGCGGCGUAAGCUGUCUUUCAGACGGCGCACAGAAAAAGACCACGCGGACGCCGGCGAGAUCAAGAAGUCCCAGAAGGCCGUGCGGCGGAGGAGGAGGUCGGCGUCGGGGUACCAGAAGGCAGAGGAGGGCCUGAAGCCGAGUUGGGACGGGCAUCGCAGCUCCCUGUCCUCCCCCACCAGCGGAGACGAGGGUGAGGACCCUGCUGGGGUCUCCCCGGCCCCCGGGUCCACCCUGCUGGACCCCCUGCAGGCCCAGGCCCCCCCGCUGAGCUUCAGCCAGGUCCCCGACGGAGACGCCAAGACGGGGAACACCUGCAAUGCCCUCUCAGGAGCGUUCUCGGGCGUGUCCAACAUCUUCAGCUUCUGGGGGGAGACCCGGACCAGCCCCCAGUACCAGGAGGUCCCGCGGUGCAGCCUGCCCUCCCCGCCCCGGGCCAGCGCCCCCCUCCGCGGGCUGAACCGCCAGCAGCGCUCCGACCUGGAGUCACGCCUGGACCUGCUGCAGAGGCAGCUCAACAGGUUGGAGAGCCGCAUGUCCACCGACAUCGGAGCCAUCAUGCAGCUGCUGCAGAGACAGAUGGCCCUGGUGCCCCCCGCCUACAGCACCGUGACCCCCUGCCCCCCGCAGGCUUCUUCAUACCCCGGUCCCGGACCGGGUCUAGGUCCAGAAGAGAGACUGGUCCUGCCUGUGGGGACCGAGGCCCUGACCUCCCUCUCUCAGAUCCUAGACCCCCAGGACCUACUGGGGUUUCCCAGAAACCCUUUAGAGGCCCUGCACCCCCAGGACGCCCCUGGUCCUGGACGCGGUCCCGGCUCGGGUCUGGAUCAGGACCUGGAGAUGGACCUAGGACUGGGGAGCGCCACGGGCCUCGUCCCGGGGGCCGGGAUGGACCUGGGUCCGGCUCUGAGACCCAUCCUGGACUUGGAUUUUGGGAACCAGGCCUCCCGGGGUUCAGGCUUCGACCUCAGCCCGGGGAGGGGGGGCCUCCUGGACCUAGAGGCGCAGCGGAGGCGGUCCCUCCAGGAGCCGCAGACCCCCCUGGACUCACGGACCCCACAGAGACACGGCUCCGACCCGGGAGGGAGCUGAGGGGACGGAGGGCCGGGUCGGGAGGGGGGGCGGACCGGAGCCC